CCAAUGCUUAUGGAUUCAGGAUACAGAGACUGACUGAGUCAUUCAUUCCUGUACAGGGUGACAGACACAGGGAGGACUGGACAAGAGACUGGAGAAGCAGAACAGAGGGAAGAAGUUGCACAGAGAGACCAUAGGAGACGGGAGAGAGAAAAAGAGACAGGGAAAGAUAAUCAGGGAGACAGAGGAAAGUUUAGUAAGUGGAAAGAGGGAGCCGCCUGGAUACAGGGAGUAUACAGCAGGGCAGAGACAUAGGGGUCUGUGUGUGACUCACUCAUUCCUCAGACAGCCAGGGGCAGACAGAGACAGCCCAGAGCACUGCGCCAGGAGCUAGGAAAGUGACUCAUUCAUUCCUGGGAAGAAAGCGAGGGAAUGAGGAGAGGUGAGACCUCCAGAGCGCAGCUGGCACAGCUACCUGGUCACACAGCCCAACACGUGGCAGCAGAGGAAGGACCACUGACUGCCAAACGGCACUGGCCACAGACGGGCAGCCACCAGGCAAGCAGGGCAUAAAUAAAGAGACAGGUGAACAUCAGACAGAGACAGGCAACCAUCAGCCAGAAGACUGCCAGGGUCUACAGAGACAGACAGCCAUCAGACAGAAGACUGCCAGUGUCUACAGAGACAGACAGCCAUCAGCCAGAAGACUGCCAGUGUCUACAGAGACAGACAGCCCUCAGACAGAAGACUGCCAGGAUCUACAGAGACAGACAGCCAUCAGACAGUGUCUACAGAGACAUAGACAAGAGCAGACCCCAGCCAGCCACAGUCACCUGGGAGCCACAGACAAGACCCAGGGACAAGAUGGGUCUGAGGAGCCUGUUACAGCCACUUCUGGUGCUGCUACUGCUGGAGCUGAGUAAAGGAGACGCCACAGAGACCACAUGCGAGAAAGGACGAGUGUGGAGCGACGACCUCGGGAAGUGUAAAGACUGCAGUCUCUGCGAGACCUCCAGCAAGGAUGACUUCUGUCAGAAAUGUGAUGCCACAGGCGCAGCGUCUGACUUCCCGUGGCUGAUAGUGGGGUGCGCUUCCGGCGUGGCCUUCCUCGUCCUCACGGUCGCCCUGAGUCUCACCAUUUUCGUGACCCGCUUACGCAGGAAAAACAAGUUUACCACCCCCAUAGAAGAGACUGGAGCCCACUCUGCGGAGGCGCUGCUCAUACACUGAAGAUUGCUGUUGUUGGAUCUUCCUACCCCCCUCUGAAAACAGGAAGGACGCUGCUACCUGAGCAAUGUGUAUAUAUAUAUAUAUGUAUAGAAGGAGUGUAUAUAUAUGUAUAUAUAUAUAUAUGUAUCUAUAAUAAUUCCUGCGCGGGACGCAGACUAUGAUGUCAGUGGUUUUUAUGAACACCACGAAGGGCUUCCAAGCAUUGCAGAGCAGUGUCUUACCUCCCCCCCCCCCCCCCCCCUUGUAAAGCAAGGGGUUAAACUCGCUUCCUGUGCCCUGUUUUUCAUCCAGAUUUUUUUCCCCACAAAAGUUUUUUCCUCCCCCUCAUGGCAAGUCCGACCGCACUUUCUACAAGGACACCGCCGGUUCGCCAACACCAACGCUACACGACACAUUCCACGCAACUCACUGAAUGUAAGCUCUGUGGGCCAGGAUACACCCUUCUUGUAGACCGCACUGUGCCUUAUGGGGUUUGCAGGGGAAAUAAACUGUGGACAUGUUUUGCA